UUUUUGAAAUCUCACUACAUUUGUAUUUAAGUGGUGUAAAUGGCGUGGCGGCCGUAUUUAACAUAUUUCACUACACACGCUGACGAAGCUAACGUUCCUGAGAAGGUGUUAGCUAGCUACUCACCACUUCUACCAUACCCAUCGGGAAUUAAGCAAAAUAUUAAGAAAAAUGUCGGCUUCUUCCAGUCAAAUAAAGCUGUCAAAGAGGUUACCGUCCCACAAAAAAAUGUCAGUGCCCUUUUCCAACACUCACCUGCGGGUCCCGCGAGGUUUUGGCACCAUCCUGGAGGGACUGGCCCGAGAAGUCCUGCGAGACCAGCCGAAAGACAUCCCAUCAUAUGCUGCACACUACUUCGAAACUCUUCUCAAGCAAAGAGAAGAGAGUGGCGUGGACCCAGCUGAAUGGGCUGCUAAACUGGAGGACAGGUUCUACAAUAACCAUGCGUUCAAGACUUCCGGGACUAGUCCUGAAAAAGAACCACCAGCAGAGGUGACCAUUUCCAAAGAAAAAACAGAUGAAUCCCAAACUGAAGAUGAAUCAAGUUAUUCAGCAGAAGCCUCAAAUCUUUCCACCACACAACCUAAUGUCUCUGAAAAGGCUGAUUUAACUGAAAACACAGACGAAGAAGAAAAACUCAGUAUUAAAGAGAAACACACUAUUUCUGCGGAGAAAGAACUUUCUGAAGAGCAAUCAGUCAACAGGUUGUCAAAUGCUGAUGUACAGUCAGAUGAACUGAGUGGUACAGAGGAGGAGAAAGACCCAACAUUAACUGCACUCCAUCAAAUUGAGAAGGCAGCUAAUGAAACAGAUAGCAGCUCUGUUUCUGACCAAAAUAUACCUCAGUAUGAGUUGGAGCCCACUGACCUGUUGCCAUGCAGAGGGAUUUCAAAUGAAGAUGUAUGUGCUCAGGAGUUAGGAGUGGCAGAAGAUGAGGGAGGUGAUGAACAAGGCGCUGCAAUUGUCAAUAACGAGAUUGCAGAAGAAGAGGAAGAUACUGAAGCUGCAGAACCUGUUGAGAUUUUUCCGUAUUCUGGCCUUGCAAAUGUGGAUGUAUGUGCUCAGGAGUUAGAUGUGGAAAAAGAUGAAGGAGGUGAUAAACAAGUAACUGCACACAUAGAUAACAAGACUGUAGAAGAAGAGGAAAACACUGAAGUUGCAGAACCUGUUGAGGUUUUUCCAUAUUCUGGCCUUGCAGAUGUGGAUGUUUGUGCUGCAGAGCUGGGGGAAACAGAGACAACUAUGAAAGAAGAUGGUGAAGAUGAUAUUCCUGUUGUUAAAGAGGAAGAAAUUUUAAAAUCUCUGUCGGAGGAAACCGUUGCAAAAUUGUCACUGUCUCAAUCUGAAAUCACUGAGGGCAACCAACAAGAAGCAGAAGAUCAGGCAAAGAAAACAAAGGAGGAGGAAGACAUGGAGACUGAAGGAAACACUGGGGAAACACAUGAAAGUUUAACUCAUAUUGAGAGAAGUUUAGAUGGUAAUGUUAUACCAAAGGAGGAUUCUUUGGUUGAGAUUAGCUUUGAAGAUGUUCCAGAGGAUCAGCAGAUUAAUGAGGUUGGGGAGAAACAGCCAGAGGCUGAGGGUUCAAUAGAUGUCUCGCAGACUGAGCUAUUAGAAAUGCAACAUGCACAAGAGCCCAAGGAGCUUAGUGCAAGUGCAACAAACCAAAAUGUGUCUGAUACACAAGACCACCAUAAACCUGAAAUGGAGGGAGUCGAAAAGGACGUUAACUCUGAAGAGAAGGAAAUGGAAAGUCAGCAUGAGGCAUAUGAUGUAAUGAACGAGGUGGUGCAUACAAAUGACUCUACUUUAAGUGAUAAUGAUGAUGAGGAGAAGGAAAAAGAGGUUAAAAACAUCUGCUCAUCAGAUCAGCCCACCACCGAGGCAGAAGAGGAGAACCAAGACGACGAAACCGAUUGUACAAAUGAAGAUAACGAGAAGAUAAGUGAGGGCAAAUUUCACCAGAAUCAGGAUUCUGAAACAGAGCCGCAGUCAAAUGACCUUAGUUUUAAAGAGGAUGAGAUAACAGACGCACUGGGAGGAGAUAAAGAAGAAAUAUGUACAGAAGGUUGCAGUGAGAUGGAGGAUCAAGAAAUUAAUGAUGCUGGGGCAAAAAAUAAUUCAUCACAAGUAUCCCAGUCAAAUACAUCAAUGGCUGGAAUGGAGGCAGAGAGUGAAAGAUUUGAGGAAAGUGCACCACUUGUUCCAGAGGAGAACGAGGAGAGUCAGAGAACACUUGUAGAGUCACAGCCAGAGGGUACAGAGGAAGAAAAAGAGGUCACAUCAAAGGGUGCAGAGGAACUUACAGAGGGAAUGAUUGAUUCUGAAGUGCAUGAGAAAAGUCACAUAAUGCAGGAAGAGGAGAAUAUGAGCCUCACUCAUGGUUCAGACUGGAUGACUUCAGGCCUCCAAGGAGAGGAAAAGCCACCUGAGACAGAAGACACCACAGAGCCUGCAGACAAGAGCAGUGAUAAGGAGGAGUGCAGCCGGCCCCAGGAGGAGGAGGACAUCAUGGACAUCCCCCUGGAUGACCCGGAGGCCAACAGGGCUGCUGCCAAGAUCCAAGCUGGGUUCCGUGGCCACAUGACCCGCAAGAAGAUGAAGCCGGAGGACAAAGCAGAGGGGGAGGAGAGACAGGAAGAUCGGGGGCAGUAGAGAGAGACGACACAUCUGUGCCAGAACAGUGACGCCCCUGUCCUGACCUGGAUGAACAGAAAGACGGGAAGCAAGGUAGUGAGAUGGCUGGCAUACGCUGGCUAGGCUGGCUUUCAGGCACACCUUUUUACCCCAGGAGUCAUUUUCUUUUUUCACACAAAUUAGCAGUAGAAAAUGAACAGUUUUUGAGGGUGUGUUAUGUGAAUUUUGUGAACUUUAACACUCCUUCUCUGCUUCUUCAGCAGCCUCAUCAGUACGGAUGUCUUUGACCCAGAAUUUGCAACUCACUGCAUGUACUUGUGAAACUUCUGGUAGUGUGCUAGUUUUUAGAUGAUGAUCUGUGAAUGUGAAAAUGAAUGUCCUCUAAAUGCUAAACAGGGCCUUUUUUUGGAUGGAUCAGUUCAUACGUUCUGUGUAUAAACCUUGUAUGCAUCACUUUUGGUGACUAGUGGCUUUAAAUUAUUUAUUUUGCAUUGUUUCCUGAUGUGCUUGUAUCUUGACUAUUUAUCUUUUUGACUUGCUUACAAAAUGAUUAAAACAUCAAAAGUAGCUAUGAAUGUUCUAUUUAUUUAUUAUCUUUCUGAGCACAUAAAUAAGUUCUCUUCACAUUUUCAAGCAUUUUCUAUAAAUCUGAUCUUCCAGAACAGUAAGCAUGCAGUAAUUACACUUCUUUCCAGAUGCAUUUGGAACAGCUUUACCUUAUAGGACAUUGGUUCAGUAUGCUCUGUUGUUGUGUUGGUGGGUUUUACUUGUUUGACCUAUGUUAAAAUCAGUUGUGUAGAAUGUCAUUGUCAGAGUUUGCAGAGCCUUCAUGCUUUAAAACUAACUGAAUAGUACCUUGCUGAACUUUGGUGUAGAGUCAUGGCAUUACACUAAUAAAUCCACCUUAAAUAUA